AUGGACUUCCCCAAGGCUGAAGAGCAAGUCCUUGAAUUUUGGAACGAGAUUGAUGCCUUCCAAACUUCAUUGAAGUUAUCCGAAGGCCGCCCCGUCUACAACUUUUAUGACGGUCCUCCAUUCGCCACCGGUACCCCUCACUAUGGCCAUAUUCUUGCUUCUACCGUCAAGGAUAUUAUUCCUCGUUAUGCUCAUAUGACUGGCCACCAUGUCGAGCGCCGAUUUGGUUGGGAUACCCACGGUCUUCCCGUUGAAUAUGAAAUUGACAAGAAGCUCGGUAUCACUGGCAAGCAAGAUGUUAUGGAUAUGGGUAUCGAUAAGUACAAUGCCGAGUGCAGAGCCAUUGUCAUGCGUUACGCUUCCGAGUGGCGCUCCACCAUUGGCCGCAUGGGUCGCUGGAUCGACUUUGAUAAUGACUACAAGACUCUUUACCCGUCAUUCAUGGAAACCAUUUGGUGGGUUUUCAAGCAGCUUUUUGACAAGAACUCUGUUUACAGAGGUUACCGUGUCAUGCCUUAUUCCACUGGUCUCACCACCCCUCUUUCAAAUUUUGAGGCUCAGCAAAACUACAAGGAUGUUCUUGAUCCUGCUAUCACCAUUGCAUUUCCUCUUGUUGACGAUCCCGACACUUCUUUUGUUGCUUGGACUACUACGCCCUGGACUCUUCCUUCUAACUUGGCUCUUUGCGUUAACCCCGACUAUGAGUAUGUCAAGAUUCACGAUGAAACGACUGGCAAGAACUACAUUCUUCUUGAGAAGCUUUUGACUACAUUAUAUAAAAACCCCAAGAAGGAGAAGCUUAAGGUUGUUCAAAAGUACAAGGGUUCUGAUCUUAAGGACAUGAAGUAUGUCCCCCUUUUCAACUACUUUUACGACGAGUUCAAAGAUCACGCCUUUAGAGUCCUUAAUGACACUUAUGUUAAGGACGACUCUGGUACUGGUAUUGUUCAUCAGGCCCCUGCUUUUGGUGAGGACGAUUAUGCUGUGUGCGUUGCUCACGGUGUUAUCACUGAAGACCGUGCCCCCCCUAACCCCGUUGACGACACUGGCAAGUUCACCAGCCAAGUUCCUGAUUGGGAGGGAGUUUACGUUAAGGACGCUGACAGAAAGAUCAUCAAGUAUCUCAAGGAACAAGGCCGCAUUCUCGUUGAUGCUCAACUGCGACACAGUUACCCCUUCUGCUGGAGAUCGGAUACUCCUCUUCUUUACAGAACUGUCCCCGCUUGGUUUGUUCGCAUUAAGGAGAUUAUCCCCAACAUGCUUAAGCACAUUGACGAGUCUCAUUGGGUUCCCAACGCCAUUAAGGAGGGUCGUUUUGCCAACUGGAUCAAGAAUGCCCGUGAUUGGAACAUUUCCAGAAACAGAUACUGGGGUACUCCUAUCCCUCUUUGGGUUAGUGAUGACUUGGAGGAAAUUGUCUGCAUUGGCUCUAUUGAAGAGUUGAGAGAGCUCUCUGGUGUUCAGGAUAUUACUGAUCUGCACCGUGAGAACAUUGACCCCAUCACAAUUCCUUCCAAACAGGGUAAGGGAACUCUCAAGCGUAUUGAGGAAGUUUUUGACUGUUGGUUUGAAUCUGGCAGUAUGCCCUACGCCAGUCAGCACUACCCUUUUGAAAAUGCUGAAAAGUUCAAGAAGGGUUUCCCCGCUGACUUUAUCUCUGAGGGUCUUGAUCAGACUCGUGGUUGGUUCUACACAUUAGUUGUUUUGGGUACUCAUUUGUUUGAUGUUUCUCCUUUCAAGAACUGUAUCGUCAGUGGUAUCGUUUUGGCUGCUGAUGGCAAGAAGAUGUCCAAGAGAUUGAAGAACUACCCUGAUCCCAACCUUAUCCUUGAUAAGUACGGUGCUGAUGCCCUUCGUCUUUACCUCAUCAAUUCUCCUGUUUUAAGAGCUGAAACCCUUAAGUUUAAGGAAGAAGGUGUCAAGGAAGUUGUUUCCAAGGUCCUUUUGCCCUGGUGGAAUUCUUACAAAUUUUGGGAGGGUCAAGUUGCUUUGCUGAAGAAACUUGAGAACAUUGACUUCAAGUACGACCCUAAUCUCCGCAGUGAGAACGUCAUGGACAAGUGGAUUUUGGCUUCUCUCCAGACCCUUAUCGGUUACAUUCACGAGGAGAUGGGCCAGUACAGAUUGUACAAUGUCGUUCCGGGUUUGCUCAAGCUCAUCGAGGACCUGACCAACUGGUACAUCAGACUUAACCGCAGCCGUCUGAAAGGUGAAAAUGGUGUUGAUGACACCAUCAAGGCUCUCAACACUCUUUUUGAGGCUCUUUACGUUCUUGUCCGUGCCAUGGCUCCUUUCACUCCAUUCUUGGCCGAGACCAUUUACAAGAACCUCAAGACUGCUAUCCCCGAUAACUUGCACGAGGGUGAUGAUCGCUCAGUUCACUUCUUGUCUUACCCCGUUGUCCGCAAGGAGUUGAUUGACGACAAGACUGAGCUUGCUGUCAACCGUAUGCGUCGUGUCAUCGAGCUUGGCCGUAACAUUCGUGAACGCAAGACCAUCUCUUUGAAGGUUCCUCUUCGCACUUUUGUUGUCAUUCACCACGACAAGGGCUACCUCGAGGAUCUUGAGUCUCUCAAGAGCUACAUUAUUGAUGAACUUAACAUUCGUGAUCUUAUCUUAACUUCAGACGAGGAGAAGUUUGAUGUUGAGUACAAGGCUCAGGCUGACUGGCCCGUUCUGGGUAAGAAGCUCCGCAAGGAUAUUGCCAAGGUCAAGAAGGCUCUUCCCGGUCUUACCAGCGACGAGGUUCAAGGCUACCUGAAGAACAAGAAGAUCAACAUUGAUGGCAUUGAGCUUGUUGAGGGUGAUUUGACUGUUAUUCGUGGUGUCAGUGACAAGGCUGUCCAGAAUGGACAGGAAGUCAACACCGAUCAGGAUGUUCUUGUUAUCAUGGAUAUUUCCAUUGAUGAGGAUCUCAAAUCUGAGGCUAAUGCUCGUGAGUUUAUCAACCGUGUCCAAAGAUACCGCAAGAAGCUUGGUCUUCAGGCUACUGAUGAGGUCCAGGUUGAGAUCGAAAUCACCAAGGAUACCUGCGGUCUUUCUGAGUGUCUCAAGAAGCACAAGGAGACUAUUGAAAAGACUUUGAGACGUCCUCUUCAAAGCUUUGGCGAAUCUACUGAGGGUGAUAACCUUGGUGAAGAGGACCAAGAAAUUGGUGAUACCUUGUUCAAGCUUAGACUGCUUAAAUUGUAA